ACUCACCUAUUCAACACUGUCGCAACUAUCGAUAGUGUAUAGUAUAUUUGGAAUUUGAAAAUGCAGCCACAUUGCUGGUGCCGAUAGUAUUACCGCGCUGCUUCAUCAAAAAAACGUGCGCGUGCUGCCUUGCAUUCAGUACUAGAUUGUAGAUAUACUUUUGUAAUUGUUUUUCCAAAUUUCUGUUAACUGUCCGACUCCAGAAAUAAGUGCAUCAAGAUGUGGCCACGUUUUGGCAUCAAAGUUGGCAACAGCACGCUCUGCAUCGCUUAUGUAAGAGCCGAUGGCAAGGCUGAAGUGAUUGCGAACAAGCAAGGUGAUCGCGUCUCGCAAGCGUGCUUGCUCUGGAACGGCGACACCGAAAUCGAAUGCGGCCUGACGGCCAAACAAAAGAUGGCCACACGUCCCAAGCAAGCGGUGGCACACAGUUUCCAGCUGCUGCAACCCGCCGAAGCGCUUGCCAACGACGAUAAAUUGACGAACGCUCUAAAGGAAGUGCCAUGUGAAUAUGAUAAAGAGGCAUUUGUAUUCCGCAUGGAGCACACAAUCCCAGCCGAGAAAGAGGAUCAAGAUGACAAGAUUGUUACAAAAGAAUUAAGCGCCGUUGAGGUGACCCAGGAACUGUUGCGCCACGAACUCGAAUUGGCACGACAAUAUCACACGGACACGGAACAUGCGCCCAUUGCCGUACUGUCCAUACCCAGCUACUAUCCUUCUCAAGCUGUCAAGUUGCUUGCUGAAGCAGCCAAGGGUGCUGGCUUCAAUGUGGCUCAAGUCAUAGCUGAGCCCACAGCAGCUGUGCUGGGCUAUAAGAUUGGUGAGAACCAGCUGGAGAAGGCGACGCAACGACAACAUGUGCUUACCAUUAAAUGCGGUGGAUUGUACAGUAACUUUGCUCUGUAUGCUGUGCAGAAUGGUUACUUCAUUGAGCUGGCCACGUUUGGACCCUUCUCGAUUGGUGGCCGACAGUUCACGGAGGCGUUGGUGCAGUUCAUUUGCGAGGAGUUCAAGCGCAAGUACAAAUUGGAUCCGCAUGAAUCGCGUCGCUCGUUGGCCAAAAUACGCACAGCUGCCGCCAACUGCAAGCACAUAUUGACAACGCUGCCCUCCACGCAGCUCUACAUUGAUUCGCUGAUGGAUGGCGUCGAUUACAAUGCACAAAUGUCGCGUGCCCGCUUCGAGAGUCUCAUUCAGCCAGUGAUCAACUCGCUGAUGCAGCAGCUCGGCGAAUGCGUGGAGCGUGCGCAACAGGAGCAUCCCGAUCUGAAGCGCAUCGAUGACAUUGUGCUGCUUGGCGCCACAAUGCAAAUACCCAAAUUGCAAGCAACGCUGGCAGCACGUUUCCCCGAUGCCAAGCUGCACAACAGCCACUCAGCGGACGAGGUGGUGGCCAUCGGUUGUGCUCGUCAGGCGGUGUACUUGUUGGAUCCACAGCAGCAGCAGCUGCAGAAGGCCGAUGAUUGUGUGCUCGUAGAGGAUGAUUUGUACAUUUGGCAUGGCAACGAUGAGUCGAAUGCCAAGCUGGUACUGAGCAAGGGCAGCAUAUUGCCCGCCAAGAUUAAGGUGUCGCUACCGCAGUCGGGCGAAGGUGAUGCCGCAGAAGCUUUGGCUUCGUUUAAACUACGCACUGGAGAGAGCGAGAUAUUGGCACAGCUGCCAGAGACGACGACGCCCAACACAGACGAUGGACUGUUUCAGCUGGAGGUUGAGGUGGAUUGGGAGGAUAAGGAUGGCAAUAUUGUGCCAUUGGUGCGACUACGUUGUAUGUGAACUCCAAUCAUUUAGUCUAUUUAUUUGUUGGUAGCCUAAUAUACUUAUCAUAAAAAUGUAAUAAAUUCAAAUGCUUCAGAUCAAGCUAAAUUG